ACGCCUGUCAGAUUCGCCCGCUCAUGCGCAGUGAGAGCCUGGUGGGUGGGAGAGGUUAUUUUUUUGUUUAUUUUCAGGGUCUGUUGUGAGUGAAGGCGCUGCAACUGUUUUUUUUCCCGCUGUCAAAGACGUUUAACUCAAGUUUCCGAGCCACUUGAUAGUGUUUUUGAUACCGAAGCUUUUUUCUUUUUCACCAGAAGGGCAAAUUAUACUCGGGCCAUCACACUGGAAGGUUAGCCAGCGUGUUAGCGUCAAGUUGAUGAACGUCUGUUAGCGGAAUGUGCUCGUAGGCUAACGAAAGCUGAGCACAGCAUAUCAGAAAUAACGAGAUAUCGGUGUAUUCUUGUCAUCGGUUAACACUGGGGGUAAGGCUGUGGCACUAGGGAAUCACGCUGUGGAUCACAUUAGAUCGGCGAUCAGUCUCACGUCAUCCACAACCGGUAAAGUCAUACAAGGAUACGACCCUACAGCCUCCCCAAGGUUGAAACCUAAGGAGCAGAAAUGUCAAUCACAAACACUCCCACGAGUAAUGAUGCUUGUCUGAGCAUUGUGCACAGCCUUAUGUGCCACCGACAGGGAGGGGAGAGCGAGAGCUUCGCUAAACGGGCCAUUGAGAGUCUGGUCAAGAAGCUGAAAGAGAAGAAGGAUGAACUGGACUCCCUCAUCACAGCCAUCACUACAAACGGAGCGCAUCCCAGCAAGUGUGUAACCAUACAGCGGACUUUAGACGGACGCCUUCAGGUUGCAGGACGUAAAGGUUUCCCGCAUGUGGUCUACGCCCGACUUUGGCGAUGGCCCGAUCUUCACAAAAAUGAAUUGAAGCACGUGAAAUAUUGCCAGUAUGCCUUCGAUCUGAAAUGUGACAGUGUUUGUGUCAAUCCGUAUCACUAUGAAAGGGUCGUCUCCCCGGGCAUUGAUUUAUCAGGGUUGACUCUUUCAAGUUCAGGUCCCCUCUUGGUAAAGGAUGAAUAUGACUACGAUAACCAGCAAUCUCACUCCAGCUCUGAGAGCCACCUGCAGACUAUCCAGCAUCCGCCAUCGAGGCCUGGUCCACAAGAGACUUUCAGCAGCCCAACUCUACUGCCCCCACCAGAGAGCAGCAGUUCAGCCUCAACCUCUGCUUUCUCCACCAUCAGCGCUGGACCCUCAAACCCCACCCAGAACUGGAGCAGGAGCAGCAGUUUCACUCCUGCGGUGCCUCAGCACCAGAAUGGUCAUCUCCAGCAUCAUCCACCCAUGCCUCACACAGGACAUUACUGGCCAGUCACUAAUGAAAUUGCGUUCCAGCCUCCUAUAUCCAAUCACCCUGCACCAGAAUACUGGUGCUCUAUUGCUUACUUCGAAAUGGACGUCCAGGUAGGGGAGACGUUUAAAGUGCCGUCCACCUGUCCCAUAGUCACCGUUGAUGGCUAUGUGGAUCCAUCAGGAGGAGACCGCUUUUGCCUGGGGCAACUGAGCAACGUACACAGGACAGAAAACAUUGAAAGAGCCAGGCUCCACAUUGGUAAGGGCGUGCAGCUGGAGUGCAAAGGUGAAGGGGAUGUGUGGGUGCGCUGUUUGAGCGACCAUGCCGUGUUUGUACAGAGCUACUACCUGGACCGAGAGGCAGGACGCGCCCCUGGAGAUGCUGUUCACAAGAUCUACCCCAGUGCUUACAUCAAGGUGUUUGACUUGCGUCAGUGCCACAGACAGAUGCAGCAGCAGGCGGCGACGGCUCAGGCAGCAGCUGCGGCUCAGGCAGCAGCUGUGGCCGGUAACAUUCCUGGACCUGGCUCUGUGGGAGGCAUCGCCCCCGCCAUCAGUUUGUCUGCAGCUGCAGGCAUCGGGGUGGACGACCUGCGCAGGCUCUGCAUCCUGAGGAUGAGCUUCGUGAAAGGCUGGGGUCCCGAUUACCCUCGACAGAGCAUCAAGGAAACGCCCUGCUGGAUCGAAAUCCAUUUACACCGAGCUCUACAGCUGCUGGACGAAGUCCUGCACACCAUGCCCAUAGCUGACCCGCAGCCGCUCGACUAAAUCCAGAGACGGUUCUUGUACAGAACAACAAAUUGAGACUGUAUCUGCAGCUACAGGAACGUCCAGUUAGGGGGUAGGAGGAUGAGAAGGACAUAAAGUCUGGCAGUAUACUUGUUUUUUUUGUUUUUUUUUUGUUUUAAAUCUCUUUCUUUCCAGUCCAAUUCUAUGAGCAGAUGUCAGGACGCUGACCUGGAGGCUCGAGGUCUGCGUUGUUCAGCCACUUCCACACAGCAUCUGGAGGAACGUGUGAGUCAGAGUGGGACGAGCUGCAGCACAGUGGAAGGUUUGCAGCCAAGAAGAUGUGCAUAUGAAAGGCUGUUAUUCUGACCUUUCCCCCUCCCUCCCCUCCCUUCCCCCACUGCAUGUUCUUUAAAGUUUGAUCAAAGUUGAUAUGAAUGGUUCUCAUUAAGCUGCAAAACCAUCACUUAUUCAGGUCAGUCUACAUCGGAUGCCGUUGCGAGUUGUUAUGAACCAUGGUAAAUGUGAGUCCACGUGGUGAAUACUGCUAGUCUGGUCCUUGUACAGUGGUGUUCACAGUGGAUACAGAUUCAUGACCAUGGAGUUCUCUUCUCUCUUUGCAGAUCAGAAUAUUUAUGUCAUGUUAUCAUUACUCCUUUUUUUUAAAUUCUAAAACGUAAUCUUAAAAUACUUUUCAGAGCUUGCAGUCCUUGAUGAUGAUGAUGAUGAUGAUGAUGUCUUUGUUGUUUCUACUCUCCCUCACUCUUUCGGGUAGUUUUUAACGAUUUAAAAGAACAUUGACGUUCACAUUGGACCGUUUUAGUUGAACUCGGCUUCACUUUGUGAACAUGAACUGUCGUCCUAGCUCCAGUCAUCAGGGCUCAGAUGUUUUCUACUGAAGUUUUACAAACUCUUAAAAUUGAAAUGAUGAAAUAUUUUCCAAAAAGCCCAUUGUUUCCGUCAAUAUAACAUUGUUUGCUCUGUUUUUUAAAUUAGAUGCCCAUUAGAUCUUCAUUAGCACUUUAUUAAUUUGCCUAAAUAUUUUGUCCUUUUUUUGUUUGGUUACUCAUUGUAUACAUGGAAAUAUCUUUAGUAUAGUGAAAAUAAAUAAUUGUACAUUUGGUUCUGAAAGUCUGAGACUACUUUUAGAACUGACUAGACUGUUCAGAGUGUUUACCCAAAUUCUGCUGUUUGAGUAUCAGUCUUUCACCAGCAGCAGGUUUAAAAGUUUAAGAUCGAGCAUUUACAACAAUAAUGUUUUUUAUUAAAUGAAUUUGAUGGGGCAAAAAACAAAACAAAAACUAAAUGUACAACUAAAAACUUUGAAAUCACUCUCUGGUGAAAAAUUGAUAUUUUAAAUAUAGAAUUUGAUUAAUCACCUGAAGUUAUCUCACUUCCACUGGUUCAACUUGCUUCCAUGGUACACUAACAUAGAGCUGAAAGAAUAAUUGAGGGUAAACUGUGAGAGGAAGUGUAGCCAUAUUGAUGCCAAAUACACAAAGUAAAUAAAAAGGCAUUUCAAUGUUAAGAGUUGCAUCUUUAAACCAGGUUUUCAUUAUCAUCCAAAUAAUUUUAGUUAUUUUUCCUCAGCACUGUUUAAAAGAUAUUUUAGUAUGCAGAGCUCUGUUUACAGCAGUUGCAGUAUUUUAUACUUUUUGCUACCUUUACAGUUGUGAACCUCUCGGGGUUAGAUAAAAAAAAAAGAUAUAAAAAUAAAAUGAUAUAUAAAAAAAGAACACCCAAACGAACAAGGAAUGCUGUAUAAUGUUCAGGAAAUGCAAGUUCAUCGUUAUUAUAGCCUUCAUGUCAUACAGUCUGAGUACACAUCAAAGUUUGAAUGAUAUUUGUGUUUAUAUAUAUGAAUAUGAUUGAAUAAAAUUUAAUGGGAUAAUGUUA